CAAAAUUUUCGUCAUUAAAACAAGAUUUAACAACAGCAAAGCAAAAUCGAGUGAAACAAUUCUCCAAUGAAAGUAUUCAACUUGAAUCAUUUUUAUUGCCAUUUCCACGUUGCAUCGAUGAAUAUUGUUCAAAAUGGUUUUUGAAAUCAACGUAUUAUAAUGAACAUAAACAUAAAUUACGCUGUGUUGAUUGUAAAGAAUUUGUAUACGAUAAUAAAUCCGAACUAUUACUUCAAAUAUUUAUCGUUGAGAAUGGGACGUAUGAGAAUGCUGAUUGUGGAUUCAGAUGUAGUGUAAAGGAAAUUGUACGAUCUAUUAAUUUGAGCGAUGCAAAGAAGACGCAUAAAAUCUAUGAUAAGGUAAUUAUUUACAAUGUACCAGAUGGAUGGAGUUUUCAACAUUUUCUCGAUGGUAUCGGUCCAAAAUUAGUCUUUUCGAAGCAUUAUCUUGCAGAUUAUCCAGACAUUAAAGUUGUCAUUCAACACGGUGUGAGAUUUGAUGAAUAUGUACAGAGUUUUUGGAAAAUGUUAAAUGUCAGUGGCGAACGAUUUAUCCAUUAUAGAAACAAUAUGAGAAUUGCAGCAAAACUUUUAAUUAAUCCGUGUAAACAGCCACCAAUACAUCCCAUACUAUGGAGUAAAGCAAGAGAAAUGUAUUGGUCAUUUGCGAAAAUAUCACCAAUAACCACCAAUAAACAACAAGUCAGUUUAAUCUAUAUAGAAAGAUCUACACAUAAUUCUCAUAAUAGGGGACGAUUAAUUAUAAAUAACCAACUAGUUCGACAUAAAUUAGCCAAUUUUUCAAAAUAUGCAGAAUUGAACUAUAUUGAGUAUGAUCACAAAAAGUACUCAAAUGAAAGUAUUAUCGAGACAGUUAAAUUAUUUUCAACGGCAAAAGUUAUCGUGUCAGUGCACGGAGGUGGUUUAUAUAAUAUGAAUUUUGCACCUCCGAAAACAAUUAUCAUUGAAUUUAUGCCAUAUGAUGAACAGAAAAAUAAGAUAAACGAGAAUAAACCGACUGUUUGUAAUUCAAAUUCAAAAGUAUGUGCGGGCUAUAUUUUUUAUAUUCAAGCUGCUCUAUUAAAACAUGUUUACUGGAUGAUACCUGAACAAAUAGACGCCAAUGGAAAUAUUCACGUUAAUUUGACUCGAUUAGACAUACUCUUUAAUAAAAUAUUACAUGACGGUUAUGAAUAG